AUGGCUGAAAAACUGGUUCCUGUAGUAAGAGCUGAUGAAGAAGAAGCUGAGGAGGAAGAAUUAGUGGACCCGCAGCAGCAACUCAGGGAAGUCUGCUCCCAGAAGCCUGAUGCCCAGAAUCUUUGGUCAAAGUACCAAGAGUGCAAUAACCGUGUAACCUCCCGUUCCAAAACAACUGAAACAUGUGAGGAGGAGUUGAUUGAUUACAUUCAUGUACUAGACAAAUGUGUCAACAAAGACCUUUUUAAGAGGUUAAAGUAA